AUGGACCCGACGGCGUACGUCCGUGAAAGCACCGCCCGCGUUGUUGCCGAGGCCGAGCACGUCAAGAUUAGCCCUGCUGGCAUCGCGGCCUUGACCGAAAAGUUGGAAGCCGUGUACCUCGGGCAGAAGGACGCGAUCCACGAUCAGAUCGCGUGGGACUUUGGCGACGUCCACUACUUUGAAGAUGCUGCCAACGACGGGCCGCUCACGUGCCAAUACGUCUUUGUGUUAGACGCGCUCAACUUUUGCUUUUGGCCGACGCCCGACAUGGAGUACGAGCACUUGGCGCGGGGCCUCAAGCAGGCGCUGACGGCCGAUGCCACGAUCUUCGACGCGGACCGGCUCGCGACCGUCGACGCGACGACCGUCGCCUCGUGGUUUGCGCCGUUUUCGCCGCCGCAGCUCGACGAGCGCGUGCGCAAGGUCCGCGAACUCGGUGCAGGCCUCGCGCGCUUCUUCGAUGGCAAGGCCAUCAACCUCAUUCGGCAAGCGCAGUACUCGGCCGUCGAAGUGCUUCGCCUCGUUUUGGCGCACUUUCCGGGCUUCCAGGACCACGCCGUCUACAAGGGCAACCAGGUGUUUUUGUAUAAGCGCGUGCAGAUCCUCGUCGGCGACGUCUGGGCCGCGUACGGCCGCCGCGUCGUCGUUCCGAACGACCCGUCGACGCACUCCAUUUGCGGCUUUUACGACAUUGACCGCCUGACCAUGUUUGCCGACUACCGCGUGCCCCAAGUGCUCCGCCCGGAAGGCGUCUUGGAGUACACGCCGGCGCUCGAAGCCAUGAUUCAGGCCAAGCAGCAAAUCCCCUUUGGCUCGCACAUGGAAAUCGAGAUCCGCGCGUGCACGAUCCAGGCGGUCGAGAUGCUCCAUGCAGCGCUCGUUGGGAAAGGCCACCGCAUCAAGGUCAUUGAGCUCGACUGGCUUCUCUGGCAGAUUGGCGAGAACGCCAAGGAGGCGCUGCCCUUCCACCACCGCACGCUCAGCGUGUUUUACUGA